CACGAGCGCACCUGUGACGUCACUUGGUGAGCGACAGAGUCAUCUGGAGAACUGUUUGGGAUCGUGACUCUUUUCCACCCCGAAAAAUGGUCAAAUCGGGGAAACUUCGGUCUGGGACUGGAUCGAAACUCAAACGGUGGAAGAAGGGACACAGUAGCGACUCAAACCCGCAAACGAAUCGUUUUCGACAGGCUGCAAAAAGCCGCUUCUUCAGCCGACCCACUGAGAAGAGUGACCUUACAGUUGAUGCUCUCAAGCUUCACAAUGAACUGCAGGCUGGUCCACUGGAGAUCAGUGCAGGUAGCCGUAAAGAUGACCGAAUGGAAGAGGAGUCCGAUCAGAUAUCGGAGAGAACCUCAGGCACCUUCCUCAGUGGCCUGUCAGACUGCUCCAACCUCACAUUUAGAAAGGUGCAGCGCUUCUGGGAGUCCAACUCAGCUGCACACAAAGAGAUUUGUGCAGUUUUAGCAGCUGUCACUGAAGUGAUCCGAAGUCAAGGAGGGAAAGAGACUGAAACGGAGUACUUUGCUGCUUUGAUGACCACCUUAGAAGUUGUUGAUUCAGCCGAGUCCCAGACUGCAGUGGCAUACCUCCUGAACCUCGUCAUGAAACGGGUUCCUGCUCCAGUACUCAUGUCUAAGUUCUCCGACACGACCAAAGCUCUGAUGGAUGUCAUGUCUAACCAAGCCACAUCUGAUGCCUCCUCCGCUCUUAGAUGGAUCCUGUCAUGCCUGGCCACCUUGUUGAGAAAGCAGGAUGUGUCUGUCUGGACAUACCCAUCUACUCUGCAGGCUUACCACGGUCUUCUCAGCUUCACUGUUCACAGCAAGCCUAAGAUCCGUAAAGCUGCACAACAAGGUGUUUGCUCCAUUCUUAGAGGCAGCGACUUGCUGUUUACAGAUAAUGCCCCGAGUCAUCACCCUGCCGCAGUUACAACAGCCAAGUUCUGCAUCAAGGAAAUGGAGCAGGCAGGAGGCAGUAAAGAGGACACCACCACACUUCAUGUGCUCUGCCUCUUGAAGGAGUUGAUCGGAACAUUUCCUCUGGGGGCUGUCAAGUCCUGUUGUGAAACUCUGCUGCGAGUGAUGACUCUCAGCCAUGUGCUGGUGACAGCCAGUGCCAUGCAGGCAUUUCACCGGCUCUUCAGCGGGAAGCCCAACGCUUCAACUCUCUCACCAGAACUCAACGCUCAGAUCAUCACGGCUCUGUAUGAUUACCUUCCCAGUGAGAAUGACCUGCAGCCUCUCUUGGCUUGGCUUACCGUCAUGGAGAAAGCGCAUGUUCAUCUGGCUAGUUUGCAGAGUUCUCUGAGUUUGGGUCACCUUCCUCGCCUCUUCUCCACCGCCAUGUCCUGCCUGCUGUCGCCACAUGCACAGGUGGUUUCUGCAGCUACAAACACACUAAAGACUUUGUUGACUGAGUGUGUCGCCCCUCAUAUGAUGGAGAUGGGCAUGGUUUCUGCUUCUGCUUCUGCAGGAAACCCGCCCUAUGUCUGCAAAAUGUUUCGUAUCGUAGAGGAAGGACUUUCCUAUCGCUUUCAUGCUUCCUGGCCUUUUGUACUGCAGAUCAUUGGUUGCUUUUAUCGGAAUGCAGGGAAACAAGCUCACCCCAUCAUGACCAAGUCCCUGCAGUCUCUGGCAGAUCUACGCUCCACUCCUCAUUUCCCCUUUAGUGGUGAGUUGGACCUGGCUGUGGGAGGAGCUGUGGAGAGUAUGGGACCUGAAGUUGUGCUGGCUGCUGUACCUCUCAACAUCACCGGUCAUGAUGAUGACCUGGAGUUUCCGCGCAGCUGGCUGGUUCCUGUCAUACGAGAUCAUGUAAAGAACACUCACCUUGGCUUCUUCACAUCCUAUUUCCUCCCUCUGGCCUUUACACUCAAGCAGAGAGGUGAAGAGUUGGAACAAGUGGGAAAGAAGUUGGAGGCCAAAGUCUACCAAACGUUACAGCUUCAGAUUUGGACCAUGCUUCCAGGCUUCUGCACAUGCCCUGUGGACCUGCUGGCUUCUUUCAAAGGCAUCGCCCGGACACUUGGCAUGGUCAUUAAUGAACGGCCAGACCUGAGACUCACAGUUUGUCAGGCGCUGCGCACACUUAUCAGCAAGAGCUGUUUCACAGAAGAAAAGGCUGAAGUGGGCCGCUUCUCGAAGAACUUCCUACCCAUCCUUUUUAAUGUGUACAGCCAGCAGCCUGCAGAAGGAGAACCUGGAACGUACAGGAUGGCUGUGCUGGACACCAUCAAAGUCUAUUUAACUGUUACUGAAAUGCAGCUGAUCUGCACAUUCCUGCAUAAAGCCACAGACAGGCUGACGAGCACAGAGAGCACCGAAUUCACACGGCUGUCAGUGAUGGAUCUUGUGGUUGCCAUGGCUCCCUUUGUAGAUGGAGCCACCAUGAAUAAAACGUUUGAGCUGAUGAGACCGUAUUUGGAGGCCAAAGAGCCAGGCAUGCAGAAGAAAGCUUACCGUGUGCUGGAGGAGAUGUGUGGAGCAGAGAGAGAGGAAUGCAGGUCGUUUGUCGUGUCUAAUCUGGAAACUCUCAAACUCGUCUUGCUUGAUACUCUAAAAAAUGCUUCUUCACCAGCAAAGAGGCCAAGACUGAAGUGCCUCAUUCACAUUGUGAAAAGGUUAAAUGAGGAACACAAAGACUUCAUCACUGCACUGCUGCCAGAGGUGAUAAUCUGUACCAAGGAGGUGUCUGUCGGAGCUCGGAAGAAUGCCUACAAUCUGCUGGUGGAAAUAGGAAAUGCUUUUGUUCGCUUCUGUGGAAACACAAAAGAUGCCAUGGAGCAGUAUUUGGUGUUGAUGUAUGCAGGACUUACAGGCUCAGUCACCAUGAUAACGUGUACAGUUUUGGCAUUGACACGUCUGGUGUUUGAGUAUAAAGAUUCUAUAGAGGUGUCCACCAUGGAGCAGCUGCUGCACAAUGUUUGUCUGCUAAUGUCGUCUCGCACCAGAGAGAUUGUCAAAGCUGCCUUAGGUUUCAUAAAAGUCAUUCUCUUUGUCAUGGACCCCAAGACGCUGGCCUCUCAUGUAACUGUCAUGAUGGAGGGUGUUGGAAACAUCAAGGAUGAUGUGAGAAGACAUUUCAGAACCAAACUGAAAAACAUCUUCACAAAGUUUAUUAGAAAGUUUGGUUUUGAGCUGGUGAAGAGCAUGCUGCCUGUAGAACACCACAAAGUCCUGGCAAACAUCCGCAAGGCUGAAGCACGCAACAAGAGGCGAAAACAGGCUGCUGAGGAGCAGGACGACUCGGAGAGCGAAGCGGAAGCACCUAAAGCAAAGAACGAAAGUAUUGAAGACAUCCUCGCAGAGUCUGACAGUGAUUUGUCAGAGGAUGAAGGAAAGCCUCGUAAUGCUCAGAAGAAAGCAGGCAAACGGCAGAAAGGACGGGCAUGGCUCAAAGAGGGAGAGGAGGAUGAGCCACUUAACUUCUUGGAUUCAAAGGUUUCCCAGAGAGUUCUAGCCACAAACCCUGAGCUGAAAAAGACCACCAAGGUUCAACAUGGUUUUAAAGUAACCUCAGAUGGACGGCUGAUCAUUAGAGACGAUGAUGAGGAAGAUGUAAAAAACAAAGACAGAGAUGGAGACGAGAUGAAAGAUAUCCUAGAAGAAGCAGGAGUUAGAAGUAAAAAGUCACAGAAGAGGAAGUUUCAAGGUGACAACUUUGACGAUGACAUGGACGUUGAUCCUCAGUUGAAAUAUAAAGCUGGUGGCUCAGGUAUCCACAGACCUCUGGGAGGUGGUCAAGACAUCGGAAAUGAUUACAAAUCAAAGAAAGGAAAAGGAGAUGUGAAAAGAACAGGAAAGCUCGAUCCUUACGCUUAUGUCCCUCUGAAAAAGGCCCAACUCAAUCGCAGGAAAUGUGCAAAACUGCAUGGCCAAUUCAAGGGCAUGGUGCGAGGAGCCCAGAAGGGGGCGCUGUCUGGAAAGAAAAUGCAGGCAAAAAAGAGGAAAGCAUGAAGAACAUACUUAUUGCUCAGUGGACUUUUAUGUGUGCGAUUACUUGUUCCUAAAAUGCUGGUAUACACCUUGGAUGUGUGCCUGUGUCUCUAAAGGUGUAACCAGUUUGUUUUUAAACUGUAUUAUUUCAAAGCUCUCAAGUUUGCAGUAAGUACAUGCUUGUGUGCUACGACAGACAUGUUGAAAUGCUUGUCUUGGCUCAAUGGAAAUUGACAAAUCAAAUAAAAAUAAUUAUGUGGAGGUUUAAAAGAACAAAUAUAGCCUCAGAUAAGUCUCUCUUGAAUGAUGAACAUAAAUAAAUUUGUGUUUAAAAAAUAAUAAAAAUGACCUAAAGUACAACUGCUAAGUGAUACAAAACAGAAA